AUGACGAAAGGCGGGGAAGAGAGAAAGCAAUAUUUCUAAAACACCUUUAUGUUUUCGUUUCUCUCGCGCUGGCUUUCUUCCACGUUUCCUUUCGUCAUUCUUUGUUUUUUGUUUUUUUUCAUCUCCUAUUGAUUUACCUUUUUAAAAAUCCGCCUUAUGUCAAAGUCCCACUUAGCAUAGCAUUCCAAAAAAUAUCAAGGAGACCUACUUGUGUAUGUUUAACUUGUGCUCGGUAGCCAAGUUAGACUGGUGUGAUCAGGACCUGUCGGUGCAUUAAAUAUCAAAAAUUAUCUUCGUUUUUUUCUAUCUGGUGAUUUGUUUUCACACUCCUCCCCCGCUUUCAAGUCCGCCUGUUGUCUGUUCUCUCGCUCUGUCGCCCCCUCCCCACCUGUUUUCAUGUUUUGCGCAUAAGUUAUACUAGUUGGGUGUGUUGGCAGAGAUGUGAUGUAACAUUAAGAACACAGGCUGAACGUUGCUUGUGCCUGGAGACAGCCAGCACUGAGAAGGCACUUCCUAGUCGUUUAAUAUGCAUCAGUGGAAUAAGAGAGAACUAAACGUACCUAACUGAACCGCAUUAGCACAGCCUGACACGUAAACUAGUGAAGUGGGUUGGAAAAAAGAAAAAAAGCUGCAAGGAUGUCCAUUUGUAGGCCCUUAGCCUGUCCUGCGCGCCUGCAAUUAGCAUAAUUUUUCACUGGUGACGCUGUUUGAUGGGGAUUAACGCUAGCGCCUGGCACAUCCACAGCCAGCUCCGUUAUUUCCAAAUAGCCUGGGAAGGCCUGUGUUGACAAUACAAUAAGCCGCCAAAAGAGGAGCAAAAGGGCGAAAAUAACGCGAGCGAACGGCUGGGGCCCGACAUGCAACGGGGAAAUGUGACGGCGGCGAGCCAGCAGCUCUGCUCGGAUUAUGAUGUUCAGGUUUACACCGUGAGCGAGGGAAGAGGGGAGAACGGAGGCGAAAUCUGAGGCCAUUGUUAUCAGCGAGCAGGGCGUACCAGUCGACAGGGCGGCCAGGAGCAGCGCUGCCUGUCCAUUUGCAGUCCCCCUCGCAUACCUCAGAUCUUUCAUGCUAGACCAUCUCCCCCCCUUUCGCGAGCCGAGGGGAUCCGUCCAGGAGCGCCCGCACUCUGGCGCGGGGCAGCCGUGCUCGAGAUACCCGGCGUCUGACGCUCGCUGGCGGGCUGAAAUAUCGCAACGGCAACGAGCUCUGGGCUGCUUUAUUGAUUGCACGGUGGCCGAACGUGAAAAAAUAUGAUGCCUGCUCGGACGUCGCUCGUCAGAGGCUAAGGUCAGCUUCCAAGAGGCCGUUGGAAAAAGACCGUCACGUGACAUCUGGUGCCAAUGUUCUUCCAGAAGGUCGUCAGGACCCUGGUAGCCAGUAACGCGACUUUUGGAAAUGCAGAAAACGACCUACUACGACAACUCGACACUAUUCGGAGGUUACUCGUACCAAGGGGCCAACGGCUUCGGCUAUGAGGCCCAGCCAGCCGCCUUCCAGAGCUCAGCGCACCUCGAGGGGGACUACCAGAGGUCCGCCUGCUCACUGCAGUCCCUCGGCACCAGCGCGCCCACACAGCCACAACAUGCCAAGACGAAAGAGCUCAACGGCAGCUGUAUGCGGCCUAGUCUGCCAUCUGAGCACCACCCACCUCCCCAGGUUUCCCCUCCCCAAAACCCUGUGAACCCAACUGGUUCUAGCGCCCCACAGCAACCAGGUGGCAGCGGAAGUGGUGGGGCUGGAAGCGGAAGUACAACUAAAUCGUCAUCAAAGUCGUCCACUCUUGCCCCAAACCCGACCGUCACGAAGCAGAUCUACCCAUGGAUGAAAGAAUCGCGUCAGAACACCAAGCAAAAAAACAGCUCCCCCAGCGCAAGCUCAGCUAACGCGGAGAGCAGUGGCGGCGAAAAAAGCCCUCCGGGUUCUGCGGCUUCCAAGAGAGCGCGAACAGCCUACACGAGCGCGCAGCUCGUGGAGCUUGAGAAGGAGUUCCAUUUCAAUCGGUACCUCUGCAGGCCUAGACGCGUAGAGAUGGCCAAUCUUCUCAACCUUAGUGAAAGGCAGAUCAAGAUCUGGUUUCAGAACCGGCGCAUGAAGUACAAGAAGGAUCAAAAAUCGAAAGGCAUGGGUUCCUCCUCAGGGGGGCCAUCUCCGACCGGAAGCCCGCCCCUCUCAAUGCAGUCCUCUGCCGGUUUUAUGAACUCCAUGCAUUCUAUGGGCAGCUAUGACGCACCGUCGCCACCAUCUUUCAACAAGCCUCAUCAAAACGCUUAUGCCAUGUCUACAGCCUAUCAAAACCCAAUGAAAGGUUGCCCAUCGCAACAGAAGUAUGGUACCACGGCACCGGAAUAUGACCCUCACGGGCUACAGGGUAACAGUGGCAACUACGGGACGCCUAACAUGCAGGGUAGCCCCGUGUACGUGGGAGGCAACUAUGUGGAUGCCAUGCCUGCCACCGGGCCAUCUAUGUACGGCCUCAAUCACCUACCACACCACCAGUCUGCCAGCAUGGACUACAACGGUGCCACACAGAUGUCGGCCAACCAACACCACGGACCGUGCGAUACACACCCGACAUACACGGAUUUGUCGACGCACCAUCCUUCUCAGGGUAGAAUUCAAGAAGCACCCAAGUUGACUCAUCUGUAGCAGGUUUGGACAAAAAAAAAUAAACAAAAAAUGAUCAAAACAAACAUAAACCCAUGGGACGAUGCAAUGGGGUUGAAAAAAGAUGAUCCAGUGGUUUCUUGCCUUGUCUAGAACCGCAGUUGGUGUCGAUGUUGUCUUUUCAUUCACCUGUGAGCACAUUCGUUUGUUCAGAAGACAUCUCCCAAUCAAUCCAUUGCCCACAGCCCUAAAAUGCCCCUUUAAAGACAGCGCUCAUGAAUAUUGGGUAACUGUGGCUAGCGUACGCCAAGGAAUAGAUUAUUUUACUGUACAACCCCGUGUGCCCCCCCCCCCCGAUUACGUCAUCAUUAGCAUUUGUGCAGCAUAUUGCCAAGUUCUUCACACUUAGAACUGCUUGAGAGCGGAGUGGUAGUGUACUCUUGAAACUGGCGUUAGGAAACCACUGGAUUGUUUUUCGCUCACUUCCCUUCUUUCACAUACCUCUUUUUAAACGACUCACUAAACAUUUCUUUAUUUAUUUUUUAGUCUAUGCGCCCGAAAAAAACAUGAGCGUAACAAAACAAUGCGCGCAUUCAUCUUGGCAAGACAAAGUAGCAGCCUACACUCAUUUCUGGAUUUGACCAGUCGAGGUUCAUUUUUCAACUAUGCUACCUAGGGCAUUCUCCCAUGAAGUGACUAGAAUUAGAUAAUUGCUUUGACGUUGGUACAGGGUAAAGAAAGAAGAUUUGAGAAUUUAGUCAAUAGGCCUACAUGGUCACCCCUAUCUUUCUCAACUGUUAAUGCCCCUCCCUCGCCCUCCCACUCCUUUCUCCUGACUACCCCCCCCCCCCCCCCUUCUCUCUCUCUCUGUCUCUCUCUCUCUCUGGGUUUGCUUACAUUAGCCCACACUAAUGCGGAAGGCCCAUACUUUCUCAUGUCUUGACUUAACGUGGAAACAGGGUAUAAUUGAACAAAAUGCAUGUCCGGGAAACCAGGCAAUGGUGUAGACGUUUCGGUUUACGCCUAAUGCUUUCUCGUCUGGGCAUCAUUGUUGCACUUAGAGUUUACAUUUUGAUGGAUACGGAAAAAAGUAAAUCUUAUUUUGAAGCGAAAGACCUUCAAUCAGCGUCUUUCGGUGUGUGUUCAAAUGAACAUUCAUAAAUAUAUAUUUAUUUGUUAUAGCCAGUUUAAAUACUUUCUUUUUGUAUUAUUUAUCCCCCAUGUAUUUAUAUCGAGAAAGUGUACUUUUUUAGUAUUUACCUGUUAUAAAAAGAAGACAUUGUGUUCUUGUCAUUGUAACUAAUUUUAGUUCUUGUAUUUUAGAGAAACGUAGGUUUAUGUUACCCUUGUACAUAAACAAUGAUUUGACUUGUACAGGGGGCGUGAGAGCGGAAUCGAACCGUUCCUGCAUAGUCGGAAAUUAGACAGUAUAGCGAAACUUUUUUUGGAAACUUCAUUUGUUCUUUGUAGCUACUUUGAUUUUCUUGUUAAGAGUUGGCUGUUGAACAAUUCUUUAAUAAAAUGUUAUGUUAUUCAUUUCCA